AUGGCCAGCCCGACGCUGCGACUCGCUACCCUGUUCGCUGCGGCGCAGGGCCAACAGAACGGCCCCAGGUCGUUGGGCUACGAGCUCCGCUUCGUCGACACGGAGGCGCAUCCGCUCGCCGUCUGCAACGAUGGUAGUCCGGCGGCCUAUUACUAUUACAAGGGCAGCUCCGAUGCCUGGAUCGUGCACCAGCAGGGCGGGUGGUGGUGCUGGGACGCGUAUAGCUGCCAGGUCCGCUGGGACCACUUCGCGAACCACACGACGGAGAAGCGGACGCUCAUGAGCACGAAGGACCUCCAAAAUCUCACGGACGCGUUCGACACGUUCAACGGCGAGCACAACACGGGCCUCAUGGCGCACGCGCCGACGAACCCGAUGGCGAACGCUUCCAAAGUGUUCCUCGUCUACUGCUCGUCGGACUCGCACGCGGGCAACAGGUCGAUGGGCUCCGACGGCGCGGGCGAAUCUAAAUGGCACUUCCGCGGGAAGGAGAUCGUCGCGGCCGUGCUCGCGGAGCUCCGCAGCGAGGGUCUGGACGGGGCCUCCCACUUUUUGCUUACGGGCGGGUCGGCGGGCGGCAUGGCGACGAUCAACAACGGCGAUUGGGUCGCGGACCUCGUCCGCGCGGCCGCGCCCGGCGCUCGGUACCUGGCGAUGCCCGACACCGGCUUCUUCCUCGACGUG